AUGCUACGGGCGAAUACACACUUGGUGCGACGCCUACUGGAGUUUGGUACCGUGUCCGUGCACCCAAGGCACGGAGUCACCCAAUGCACGGGGAUCGCGAUUAACACUCCAUUUUCAACGUGCAACAACUCAACAACCAUUGCACCUAUUGAUAAUGCGCUUGCAGCAAUUCGAGCGCUGAAACCAGGAGAAAAACUUGUGUAUCAAGAGAUAGCUGAUUAAUAUGGUGUUGAUUGCUAAACGUUGUCGCGCGCGCAUCGACUCAGUCAGGUCCCCUAACGCGUCGCUAACCAGAACCAACAGGAACUCAG